UUCACUAAGUUGAAGAGUUCUAUAGUUUUCACUUCAAGCUACCAAUUGCUUGCAUUGUCAUAAAAUUAUUGUCUACUUUCAUUAUGCUUUAUUUUAGAUUCCAGGAGGCUGAGGAUGACUGUACAGAGGCUUUGAAUUUAGAUGAUCGCUACAUUAAGGCAUACUCUUGUUGUUCAACUGCUAGAAAAGAACUUGGAAAAUUAAGAGAAUCCACUGAAGAUGCUGAGUUUGCCUUGAGGUUGGAACCACAGAAUAAUGAGGUUAAGAAGCAGUAUGCUGAAGUAAAAGCUUUGUAUGAGAAGGUAUAAUCUGGUUUUUGUCCCAUUUACUAGCAUUGAUAAUCAUAAGAGAUGCAUCACCUUUGGUGCUGGGCUGCUUACAAAGAAAGACAUAGAGUCAUACGUGUGGCUUUUGGAGAGCUUUAAGAAAAUAAUGGGUCAUGAUCCUAUUUGCGUUGUUACAUAUCAAGAUCCAGCUGUGAAGGUUGUCGUUGCUCAACUGUUUGGUGCGUUAAAAGAUAGAUUUUGUAUGUGGCAUAUAAUGUGCAAGGUGGGAGAGAAGGUUGGACCGGUUUUGUCUAAAGACGAGGUGUUUAAGAGGAAGUUGAAUUGCAUUGUUUAGGAUAAUUCAAUUGAUCCCGAGGUCUUUGAAGUGCGAUGUAAUCAGAUUAUAAA